ACCUGCGGGUUGACCACCGACAGAACGCUGGUGAGAGUGGUAGGCAGAAGUUGUUUGCCAGCUCCUCUCCUGCUGUGUAUGUUCAGAAUGAAGUCUUUGUGUGUGUUGCUGCUGUUCGGGGUGCUGGUGGCGGUGGUGGAGUCAUCUGCCCUGCAAUGUCAGGAAGGCGAUACCUUCAUGGAUGAUUGCAAUACUUGUGGUUGCUUAAAUGGGCAUAUUGUCUGCACUUUAAUUGACUGUCAAGCAGAGUGCAGAGACGGCGAAAGAAUCCAGAGAGACUGCAACACUUGCAUUUGCAGCAAUGGACACUUUGCGUGCACCGAAAAGGCGUGUUUGCCAGAGUGCAGAGACGGCGAAAGAAUCCAGAGAGACUGCAACACUUGCACUUGCAGCAAUGGACACUUUGUGUGCACCGAAAUGGCGUGUUUGCCAGGAAAUUACCGUGGUUAGAAGCCCAAGAAAUGUCUGGAUAAGUAGCAGAACUGAACUUUGACCUUGGCCACGAAAAACCUAUAUGACCUUAGCCGUUCCUUAGCCAUUGGAAAUUUUCACGAACGGCGAAGAGCAUUUCUUCUCUUUUUUUUUCUUCUUCUUCUUCUCUAUUGUGGUUCUUAAGAUCAGAUCAAAUUUCUGAAGAAAAAUGUCAAUUCGGUCUUGGAAUUGUAUGUUAUGUAUUCGAAAAUGAAAUAAAUGAGAACAAAAUCUAAAGAGCAUGAAUUAUAAA